GGUUGCAGGGUAAGUAUGGAGGAGGCGGUGGUACAAUAUCACUUAGCAGGGACCUUGAAGACUCCCUAAGCGUGGUGGGGAGAAUGGCGAGGCAGCUUCUUGAACAACAGAAGGAAGCCGAAGAGGCCAAACGUGAGGCCGAGUUGAAGAUGAAGAAGGACGAAGAAGAAAAAGUUGCGAAGGAAGAGGCAGCAAAACUCGCUAUGGAGAAAAAGUUGGCGAAGGAAGACAAAGAGAAGAGACGAAGGUGGGAGACUAAGAAGCUACUGGCAGAACAAGCCGAGGAAUUCGAGAUGAAGUUGGAGAAGAUCAUAGGGAUUAAUCGGAAGUUAAAAGGUUUGACGAUCGGAGCAAAAAAGAAGGGGAAGGCGAGUGCAACCCCGUCGGGGGGGUCGGAAGAGGGUGACGUUGAUGAAGAGGAGGAGGAGGAAGCUACGCCGCUUAACGACAAGAGGAAGAAACGAGACUCCACUGGGGCUGUCAAAAACAGUCCUCCUGUGGAAACGCUGAAGAAGCAGGGGAAAAAGGAAAGGGUGGAGACACCAGCAAGUUCAGGAACUACCGGUAAGCUAAGUAAGGUGAUCAAAGACUGCAAGGGUAAGAAUGAAAGGAGGGUGGUGUCGAGCGGGGGUAAAAUCUGGAUGGAAGACUGGGGGGUGACGAGAAGGAUGUUUGGGGAGUCGGAAGUUUUGUACAAAAGCAAGAAGAGUAAGCUUAAGAACGCAAAGUGUUUCUUCGAGGAAGGAGGGGAGGUACGAUUCGUAAGAAUUAAGGAGAAACUUCAGGGGAACCCAAAACUUAAGAAGCAACUGCUUCAAUUGCUUAAAUGCCCAUGGUCGAGGAAAAAGCUUGAGACACUGCAACGAGAAGAGUUUAUCGAUCUGUACCGAGAGAUCCAAAGCUUCUCAAGGAAGAGCUCGAGGAAGUCUUUGAAAGGGAUAGUGGAUAGUGUGGUUAAGAGAAGGUUUGGCGUUAGUUUAAGAAGGAGGGUAGUGAUUGGGGUCAAGUAUGACGAACGGAUAUCACGCGCGGUGGUUAGGAAGCAGAUGGUAGAGAAAAUCGGAUCACAGUGUCAAUCCGCUGCGGAAGCGAGGCUACGAUGUCAGAAGCUCCGGCUGGUAUGGAGGAGAAACCAGUCAGUCGGGGGACUUCUACAUAACCAUAGGCGCUUUAGCCGCCUAAUGGCUACAGUCUGUUGUUGUGCAGACUUUGACCUCCCAAGGAAGGGAGAACACGUGGCCUUUCGUUUGAAUGGCAGGGAUGAUAUUGACGACAGAAUCCGGAACGCAAAGAAUGUGAUUCAAGGAAUCGACAGUGAAGAAGAUGAUGUUAGGCUUUGGAAAGAGCUUAAUGAAAAAAUGGUGAAAGCGGGACUUGAGCCAACAUGGACGUUGCCCCAAGCAAGGUGUUGUAUUCGGGAAAAGAAAGUAAAGGGCGAUGGGUUGAUCGACGAGAUCGAGAAGUUGAAAAGGAGGUGGGCAGGAUUGGUGUUCUGUCCACUUGAUAAAAAUCCCGCCGAAACUUUGGUGAUGUGUCCUGUCCUAUAUGAGGAAGGUAUGCGUGAGAUGUUCUGGGACAAUCCCGCGUUUGAUGCUGUUUGGAGGAGUGAGGAGGAAGUUUUGACUAGAGCAAGAGGUGAGUAUGAAGAGAAAGGUCUGAGGAGGAUUGGUGCCUGGGAUAACAAUGGAUCUUGGGGGAAGGCAAAACUCACAAAUUUCAACAUUCGGACACUGAUGGAGCUGAAGCGCGCGUUCGAUGCGGCCGAUGUUGAUGGUAGCGGUGCGCUCAGCCAGGAGGAAUUCACGCAGGUCCUUCGGAGUGUGCAGUCCUUAAAUUUCGGCCUCAGUGAGACCCAGAUCAAUCAUCUGUUCAUGAAGAUCGAUGCAAAUAGUGAUGGCACUGUCGACUGGGAUGAAUUCACAAAUCACAUCCUCCUACAACAGAUUGCAAAGGAUGAGCUCAGCGGUGCAACAGUGUCAAUGUUUGUGAAAUAUACAGGAGUUGAUCCUUUGGCUGUUGUGGGCACCGAUGUCUCCGCUAGCGAAUAUCAUGCCACCCAAGAUGAUGCGAUAUUGGAAAGAGAAGACGAGGUGACAAGUUCACAUGGAGGCGGGGAUGAGUACCCGUAUGGAUCGUUCCAGCGGCGCCAAGGAUUCAGCUACGACGAAAAGAAAAAUCUUCUGGGAAGGAUUGUGUACGUGCCACAUCUUCACGCAUACAUCACUGCCUCACAAGAUGGCGUGCUGAGUGUGUGGAACUCCUCAACAAUGCAAAUGGUGAAGAGCAUCAAGAAUGGAAAUGCGUGGAUCACGGAUAUCACGAGUAUGCAAGAUCAACCGCUCGUUGUUUUUGCGCUCGAUCGGAGGUAAUCAAAAUUCAACAUUAAAUUGCGGAAAAAUGACCCCCUUUGCAACCUCCCAAAAAGUAAACAAAAAAAUCAAAAUAUAGUAAUAAAAUAAAGCCGAAUGA